AUGUAUGGGACGGGGUAUGGCAACGCGGGGUACGGCGGAGGCAUGCAGGGCAGUGGUCUGCUCGGAGGCGGCGGUUAUGGAGGGUACGGCGGCAUGUCCCGAAUGGGGUACGGCGGUUCCCUUGGCGGCAGUCACAUGGACCCGAUGAACGGAGGAGGAAGAGAUGGUGGAUUGGGCUGGCUCUCGAGCUUCCACCAGAUCGUGAGCUCUGUCGGUCAGAUAUCGGAACUGCUGGGGAUGAACGCAGAGGCGCUCAACUUUUGUAUCGGGAGUUCUGUGCACUUUCUGGAACGCAUUGGCGCCAUGUGCGCGGGUGUGGCUGCCCUGCUGGCUCCACGGCCAGUGUUUCCACCCGGUCACCCGCGACAUGGCGAGCCGCCCGUGACGGAAGAGGAGGAGAAAAGUCGCCGACGUCGACGAGUGCGUAUCUUCCAGUUCAUUCUGAGCAUGGCGACACUCGCAGUGCUGUACAAGGGACUGCGGUGGCUGCGUGCCAGGACGUCGCUCCAGAAGCUGCUGGUCGCGCCGCCGUCCAGUAGCGUCCAUCGAGACCUCGAGCACAUUUUCGAGCAUACGAUGGGCGUCCGGCACUUGUAA